CUUUGGUACUUGCAAUCCGAAGUCGGCCAACCAGACCAAGCAUUGUUUCGGCACUUAUGCCAAGCUCUGAAACUACUCACAUGUCGUAAUGAUUGGCCAUGCCAGGAACCGUACCUCGAUAUAAACUUCUUUUAUAUGCCCACUCGGAUGCUGAUCCGUCCCGAUUAGGAAGGUCACCAACCACAUCCUAACGCCCAAAUGGAUUUGACCACAUUCUUCGAUUCCAACCCCAAUUCGAAUCGGGAGAACGUGCGCUGGCUAUUAGCUUAUUUUCACUACCAGUGUAAACUGAAACGCGAAGCUUAACGAACCUACGGCAAUGAUUCCUCAUGGGGAAGCUCGGUAAUUACCCAGCAACUCCGAGGACGUGUUGUGAAGGCCAUGAGGUUCAAUCGUUGGAUAAGAAAGAUAGACUUGAGAUCUUAUCGAUUACCCUGAUAGCUUGCUUUGCGGGGUGAAUUUGGAUGAUAGGGAGUGGGAUGGAUACCGCACUAUCUUAUCUGUUGGAAUGGUCUCCAUUGAGGAUAUAACUUGAUGGAUAUCCCCUCAAAAUCAUCAUGAGCAGAAGCAUCUUCUCUUGCAUUCAGCAUCGAUCUUCAGUCUCUUCUCAUCGAAAGGUUUCAAUUUCAGUUGUUACUCAAAGUCUCUCACAGACUUUUGUAGUUUAAUCAACUUUCAUCAUGCCUUCUAUCAACUCCCUUCUGGUUCUCGCAGCCAGUGUUGUCACCUCUCUCGCUGUUCCUCUUGACGGUCGUUCAGUCCUUGAGGCUCGCGUGCCACCUGUAAGAACCAUCUUUCUCCAAUCGUAACCCUUUGAUAUCCACGUCCUUCAACUUUCUUACCUUCUCGGUUCACCCGAGCCCUUCCCAAGACGAUCAUAUUCAAGCUCAAGACCCUUAACUUAUUGCCCUCAAGAAUCACGACAUUCUUUACAUCUUAAAGCUUAUACACUAACCCAAAUAAAUCACAUAGGGAAUCCCUACCGCAGCAGCAGCCAGAACCCAACUCGCAGCCCUCACCGUCGCCGCCCAAGGCCCACAAACAGGCUACGACCGCGACCUCUUCCCAACCUGGAACACCAUCUCGGGAAACUGCAACACGCGCGAGACAGUUCUCCAGCGAGACGGAACCAACGUCGUCACCUCCUCUUCCUGCGCCGCAACAUCAGGAUCAUGGUACUCCCCAUACGAUGGAGCGACUUGGACUGCAGCCUCUGAUGUCGAUAUCGAUCAUAUGGUUCCCCUGAGUAAUGCGUGGAAGAGUGGUGCAGCAGCUUGGACGACUGCUAGACGUCAGGCUUUUGCGAAUGAUCUUACCAAUCCGCAAUUGUGGGCUGUGACGGAUAAUGUGAAUCAGGCGAAGAGUGAUCGUGGUCCAGAGGAGUGGAAGCCUCCGCUAAGUAUGUUUCUUGCUUUUUCCACCUUUGUGGUUUGGUAAAGACGACUGGAAUAUUUGCUGAUACUUGAAUUAGCCUCGUACUACUGCACUUAUGCUAGAGCUUGGGUUAGAGUCAAGAGUGUUUACUCUCUUACCAUCACUAGUUCUGAGAAGACCGCUCUUACAUCAAUGUUGGGCACAUGUUAAAUUGGUCCUCUACUCAUGAUACGCCUUUUUUUUGUUUUUGCGGUACGGAGUGGGAUUGAGGAGCAAUUAAUUUUGUCUUCUCGUGCUUGGCUGGAAUGGUUUGAAGGUGCAUGGUUUCGUUGCAUUGGAUAGUUGGCUUGGUCGGCUUGAAUUUAAAGGGUUUAUAUCAUCUCCUAGAUUGAGAUGAGGGAAAGGCGGAAUAGGAAGUGAUAGUACCACUGAAAAAUGUGGUCUCUUCAAUGAGGAAUUCGGAAUUGGCUUUUCGGAUGGACCACAGAUCCUUUUGGUGAUGGAUGGAUGAUUACGAACAUUGUACAUAGGUAGCUGAAAUAUGGAAAUCAUUCACAACCA